GAGCGGAGGGCACAGUGUUCCCUAAAUCUAUAGAGACACCUAAUGUCAGGGCAGACCCCUUCAAGGAACUAAGGUUGGAGUCCCCGACCCGGUCUCUGGUGAUGGAGGCCCCCAAAGGAGUUGAAAUCAAUGCAGAAGCCGGCAAUAUGGAAGCCACCUGCAGAACCGAGCUGAGGCUGGAGUCCAAAGAUGGAGAGAUUAAGUUAGAUGCUGCGAAAAUCCAACUACCUAGACUGCCUCACGGAUCCUACACGCCUACAGGAACGAGGCAGAAGGUCUUCGAGAUCUGCGUCUGCGCCAAUGGGAGAUUAUUCCUGUCCCAGGCAGGAACUGGUUCCACUUGUCAGAUAAACACAAGUGUCUGCCUUUGAGAGACCAUCCAUAGUGAACAUUGUCGGCAGCAUAAAGGCCGUUUUUGUCUUUAGAUACUGGCUGCCAGCUAUUUUUACUAGAACACAGAAAGCCUAUCAAAGACCGUGUGCGCGUGUGUGUGUGCACGCGUGCGUGUGUGUGUGUGUGUGUGUGUGUGUGUGUGUAUGUGUGUGGGUGGAUAAAAUAUAUAUAAAUAGAUAUAAAUAAAUAUAUAUAUCCUCUGUAUAAAAUGAGGUUUCAGUACAAAAGGAACCAUGGGUGACCCUGUGAUAUCCACCAUCAUUUCCAUGUCAACCCCACCACCUACAUGAUAAGAUCAAAAUACUGAUUCAGGCCCAAUACCCCAAACCCUUCAAAAAUCACACAGUGUAUCGGACACUUACCGAAUAUUCACCAACAUGUUUGAGGAGCCGCAUAUCUUCCCCUUUAGUGUCAUUACAGGGCAGUGAUGGCGGGAAUCUCCAAGUCACGCUCAAGCACUGAGACCCUCAUAUUGAAAUAGACAUUUCGUUUCCAUUUUUAGCUUUAGGAAGGCUGGCCCAUUUCCCCCUCUUCAAGUGAGGGAUGGGGCAGUGCCAUAGAAGUCAGCUGUAGGAACACAAAAUGGCUCUUCUGCCUUCAUAGCCAAAUGUACUGGGGCUUUUGGAUGAAUGUGGGGGAUGAGGUUCAGCAAAGUUUGAACUGCUCACCCAACUCCUGCUAUCUUCCUUCAAAAAUCACCUAUUAUCCCACAGUCAAAAUAGGAGUUGUAAAUCAACACAAAAUGGGGUAACAGCUGCUCCUCAGUCGGCUGGAAGCUACUCAGUGGCCUGACAGGCAAAGAAUAAAUGGGUGAUGUGUCUCUGUUUAAAGGAAAAAAUGGCUCAGAAUCGGUCUCAUCCUCACUUCUGAUUUUAUCCAGCAGACUCCAGCCCCAAAUGAUCAGGUCAGUCAAAAUCCUGUCCAUCAAUCCUCAAGAGAGGAACCCCCACCUGAAGAGAAGCCAUUUAGGGAUAGAAACCUAAUUAAGAGGAGCAUAGAAAACCUAAUUAAUUUUUCUAUGUAUCUCGGGACUGGUAGGUAAUUUAGAGACUUGCCUUUUAUUUCUAAAGGCAUGCACAAACUCUGGCUUCCAUCUUCAUACAUAUAUACAUACAUAUAUAUAUAUAUGUAUAUAUAUAUACAUGCAUAUAUAUAUAUAAUAUAUAUAUAUAUUUGUUGUUGGGAUAUUCCUAUUCCUAAAUCCACCAUUAUGUUUUCUCCCAAGAAUAGUGACCCAAGAAUCACAGAUGUGAAAUACAUGCCCCCGGAAAUGGUCACUGGAAAUUAAUAUAAACUGAGCCAUGUGUCUCUCUCGGACUCGCUGUGCUCCCAUGGCCCAGCAGCACCACUACUUGGUAUGUGGAAGCAGCUCCCUCGUUCCCGCCAUCAGCUACCUCUCAUCCUUCCACCUUCAUCAUCGUGCUACAGGGUCACCCUGGCCAGCUCUUGUGCUGGGACAGGGGAUUACACCGUCUCUGUUCAAAGAGGGGGAAAUGUGCCUAUGCCUUAAGUCAAUGCACUCAGCAAGGAGAAGCACAUCCUAUUUAUCUUGUUACAACUGUAGUUUAUUUUGGGUGAUUGGAGGGAAACGGUUUAGUCAUGAGUGGGCCUCUUAAAAGCUGGUAGACAAAACAGUGGCUGACAGAAGUGGACUCUCAGGAGCCCAAAUGGAGGCGUAACCGGCUUAGAUAGUCCCGGACACCAUUUGGCAAGCAGCGGCCCCACAACCCUAAAUGAGGUCGUAUUUGUAGACCUGAAUGGCAUUUGUGUUUUCUUCAACAAGGUUUUAAUUUUUCUUACUUCACAAGUGGGGGAAGAUUGGUCAUAGGAAAUGAAUAAGAGAUUUGAUAUUUUUGAGAGGACACUCAAGCUUUGUAGGCUGAGUCUACAAAGGAUAUGAAAGCAAGUUGUGUGUCACUUAGUCACUUAGGAGAGGGUGGGGGCCGGAGAGGGGGAGGUUUCCUAGCCUGACCAGUGGCCCCGCUGGCUUCCAGAUCCCAUACUCCCUCCAGUCACUCCUCCUCAGUAUCCCAUGUAGAAUUGAGUUGUUCAAGGGCAAGGCUACUUAGUCAGUAGCAGUAAAGUCUAAAAAGGAAAACCCUAAGAAGGAAUCAAGUUGCUCUGGUUUGGUAUUAUUUAUAUCCUGUAGGAUCAUACUACCACAAUCUGCAGGUACUACAUACGGGGUUUUGCCAAAUAGCAGAGGCCCCCCUUGGCUAUGAGGAACAUCUACCCCAUGUCAUUGAGACAAACAGUAGUAGCUAUGAGGCCCUUCAUGGCUAAAUACCUUAACACAAAAUGUUUUUAAGCAGACAGACCCAUCUUUGCCUUUUGCCAUCUCAAGUACAUAAUCUAUGGAUGACAAGAAAACAAAAGGUUCCCUGAACCUCUUUCCUCUGAUUUUGUUCUAAUCAUCAUAAGCAAGUCUGAGAUCAGCACCUUGGGGAUUUUAUGCCAAUAAAAAAGAGUGAUGUGAUCCCACUUGCAGACGUUAAUCCUAAAGGUAAUCAGAUCACAAAUAAGAUAAAAAUAAUAAUAGCAAGCCAAGAAUAGAAAUCAAACACCUAUGGGGAACAGACAUGAUAAAAAAAAUUCUGAUUUUCAUUUGUACUAAGUGACUACAAUAAACCAGCUAAUAGGCAGGAAACUUGGCAUGGACUAAAUUAUGUAUUUCAGUUCAGACUACAGAAGUCAGUAAAAUGCAUUCAGAGUUCCUCAAUGUACAUUUUGUUCUCCCAACUUCCUCCAACUAGAAUAUUUGUCCAUGGUCAUGAGAGAGUUUUAAUUCUGGGAAAAAAAAAUAUCUUUUACAUUAAAAUCUGAUAAACUUUAAUUUUAAAAAGUGAGGUUCUUUCUAAUCUCUAUAUAUAAUAUCUUCUAGACAAUCACACUCCAGUAUAUUAAACAGCAGGUGGCGUAACAAAGAGUUCAAGUGAAUCAAUAUUCUAGAAGUUCUAGUAUGCUAAUAGUCUUCAGAAGAUUUUUAAAAAUUAAAAAGUGAUCUCCAAAUAUGUUUAGCACUCAGUUCUAUUUGUUAUCUGUUCAAUAAGUCAUAAAAGUUCAGUCUUAAGAAACUGCUAGCAUAUGACAAAGGUUUUCAAAAGCCCUUAUGGUGACAUCUCUGUAGGUAGAAACUUGGUAUGAGGCUUUCUAAUUGUUCCUUUACCCAAGGGAUAGAUCUUAUAAACUUGAAUUGGCUCUAACUCCCUUUAGGUCAAUUUCCUUUGGAUGAUUUUCAUUGUAUAUCCAGCAGCCAUAGACCAAAGAUUGCUUAAAGUUUAACUCUAGAGCAGGGGUCAGCAAACUGUGGUCCCUAGACCAAACCUGGCUCAUCACUAGUCUUUGUAAAUAAAGUUUUCUUGUAACACAGA